CCCGGGCGUUAGUCCCGCCCCCUCACCUCCAGGCUGGGCUCGGUGGCCCCGGAGUGGAAACCAUGACGGCGCGCGGCACCCCCAGCCGCUUUCUGACCAGUGUCCUCCACAACGGGCUGGGUCGCUACGUGCAGCAGCUGCAGCGUCUCAGCUUCAGCCUCAGCCGCGACGCGCCCUCGUCCCGCGGCGCCAGGGAGUUCGUGGAACGGGAGGUGGCCGACUUCGCCCGACGGAACCCAGGGGUCGUCAUAUACGUGAACCCGCGGCCGUGCUCUGUGCCCAGAAUUGUGGCGGAAUACCUUAACGGGGCUGUGCGCGAGGAGAGCAUCAACUGCAAGUCGGUCGAGGAGAUCACGGCGUUGGUGCAGAAGCUGGCGAACCAGUCGGGCUUGGACGUGAUCCGCAUCCGCAAGCCCUUUCACACGGACAGCCCUAGCAUCCAGGGCCAGUGGCACCCCUUCACCAACAAACCGACAACGCGGGGCGGGCUGCGUCCCCGAGAGGCCCAGGAGCCUGCCCCAGCCCGGGUGCCAGCGCAAUGAAGAGUUGCCCCAAGUCCAAUCACAGUGGACGUGGUUCAGGGAGCUCCGAGCCCAGGCAAACAGGUGGAGCCCAGGAAAGGGGAAGCUGAUGCUGAAGCUUUUGCUUGGGACAAAGAAGAGCUGCCUGUUCUUUUUGGUGUCCACUGCAAGGGGCAGUGACUAGGUAUCUCCUAAUUCUAAUCCAGUUGACAUUACUGAGACCUGAGAGUCUUCAAGGAUUUUACAGGGUCCUCAUUUCUGAAAUCCAAAUUGAUAAUAGUGAUCUCAAAUCACAGUGAGGGAUUUCAAGGCUGGCUUCUGAAGAACCCCUGAUGUCCUAUUUAUGCAACCAUUGAGCUAGAGAGAGCUCGCACUUAUACUCUGCUGUGAGCCUGGCAUAGGGCUAGGCACUUUAUAUCUGUGUGAAUGUCUGUGUGCAGAUUAGAAAACUGGUUAAUAAACUUGCCCAUGGUCUCUCUUGA